AUGGACUUUACACAGACGCCAAGGAAGCUCUGGGAGCACCCGGACCCCCAAAGCACCGCCAUGUGGGCGUUCAUGCAAGAUGCGAAUGCGAAAUAUGGAUUGAAUAUGCAGGACUUUCCUGCUCUCUACAAAUGGUCAUGCUCCAACCGCAACCAAUUCUGGUCUCUUGUCUGGGAAACCAUGCCCUUGAUCCACUCAGGCAGCUACACGCAGCCCGUCGAUGAAUCCAUCCCCGUCUCUCAGCUCCCGGCCUGGUUCGCCGGCAUUCAGCUCAACUGGGCGGAAAACUUCCUCUGGAGCCGGAGCGUCAACGACGCCCCCGGCACGAGGACCCAGCUCAACAAGGAGGACUCCAAGAUUGCCCUCACAGAAGUCCGCGAGGGCAACACCGAGGUUCGACACAUGACGUGGGCGGAGCUGCGGAGAAGAGUGGCCGAGCUGGCGACGGCGAUGCAGGAGAGAGGCGUUGGGAGGGGAGACCGGGUGGUCAUGGUUGGCGCGCAUUCGGCGACGACGCUGAUUGUCUUCUUGGCGGCGACUUGGCUGGGAGGGCUGUUUAGCAGUAGUUCUACAGACAUGGGUGCUGGAGGCUUGUUGCAGAGGACGGCGCAGAUUGAUCCCAAGUACGUCUUCUUUGAUGACGGCGCCCUGUACAAUGGCAAGAUAUUUGACCUCCGAGACAAGAUCCAAGGCGUCAUGGAAGGACUGCAGGAAUGCCCGUCGUUCAAGAAGGUGGUUGUCGUGCAGCGGUUCAAACGGCAGCCUUUCCCUACUGGACACAUUGCCAACACGGAACGACUCGAGGACUUUAUCCUGUCAAAGGGGUGCAAGCAGCCUCCGCCCAUGGUCCGCAUCGGCUUCCAGGACCCCAUGGUCGUGUACUACUCUUCUGGAACGACGGGCAUCCCCAAGGCAAUUGUUCACGGCGUCGGCCCCUUGCUGAUAAGCACCAAGAAAGAAGGUAUCCUGCACAAAGGCACCACCCCAGACGACGUUGGCCUUCAAUUCACCACCACCGGGUGGAUCAUGUACCUGAGCAGCGUGACGCAGCUACUAUUGGGAUCUAGGGCCGUUCUGUACGACGGGUCACCAUUCGUCCCGGACCCAACCGUGCUCUUAAAGGUUGCCGAACAACAGGGCGUCACGACGCUCGGCCUCAGCCCACGCUGGAUGACGGAGUUGAUGAAGAAGGGGAUUUCUCCCAGAAGAGUAGCCGACCUCUCCAAGCUGAGAAAGGUGGUCAGCACGGGCAUGGUACUGCCCGACCGGAUGUUCGAUUGGUUCUACGAUGAGGCCUUCCCGCCGGAGGUCCAGCUCGCCAACAUUUCCGGCGGCACCGACAUUGUACGCUACCUGGACGGAACCGUGAACUUCUUCUUCUUUUGGGUCUCAAGUACACGUACACUGACAACACAACAGGCCGGCUGUUUCGUUCUCGAAAACCCCCUGACGCCCGUCCACGUGGGCGGCUGCGUCGGCGGCUCCCUGGGCGUCCCUAUCGCCGUCUACGACCACGACCUCCCCGACGGCAGCGAGGGCAAGCCCCUCCCCGUCGGGCAGGCAGGCGACCUCGUCGCCACGGCCGCGUUCCCCAACGUGCCCCUGUUCCUCUGGAACGACGACACGCCGCCGCCGGGCAAGAAGUACCGCGGCGCGUACUUUGACCGGUUCAACGAGGCGUGGGCGCAGGGCGACUUUUGUGUCGUCCACCCCAAGACUGGCGGCGUCCUGAUGCUGGGCCGGUCGGACGGCGUGCUCAACCCCAGCGGCAUCCGGUUCGGCAGCUCGGACAUCUACGCCGUGCUGGAGCGGUGUUUCCCGGCCGAGGUCGCCGAGUCGCUGUGCGUCGGGCAGCGGCGGCCGAGUGAUCUCGACGAGCGCGUGGUCUUGUUCCUGGUCAUGAAGCAGGGCCGGACGCUGGACAAGAAGAUGGUGAGGAGCAUCAAGGACACGAUUGCAAGGGAGUUGACCAAGAGGCAUGUCCCGCGGUACGUGUUCCAGGUGCCCGAGAUCCCCGUCACUGUCAACGGGAAGAAGGUCGAGCUGCCGGUCAAGAGUAUCAUCUCGGGCAAGACGGUGAAGCCGAGCGGGACCUUGUUGAACCCGGGUAGUCUGGAGUUCUUUUACAGGUUCCAGAAGCUGGAGGAGCUGGAGGAGCCGCUUGCUAAAUUGUAG